AUGCAGCUGGUGACAGGAGAUAGGAGACUACAGGAACUUGAGCAAGAACUCGAGAAGAGAAAUUCAUUGAACAGGACGGCCAAUGAGACACGACCAUCUAUACUACCAUCACCAGUUCCUCAAUUUACGACAGAUGAUCUACCGCCGUCAGUUGCCCCUUUUGAGGUGCAAAAGCCCAUCUUCCACCCUCGACAAGUUGGCGACGUUAUAUUGACUGCAGUGGCCAUCGAGGAGAUUUUGCAGCACUACUUCACGGUAUUUCAUCCUUCCUUCCUGGUUACUGCGGACCAAGAUCAAUUCUUGAAGACCUGGGACCAAAACGAAUUCCUCCUGUGGACUAUUGUGGCCAUCGCUUCAAAGUCAACGGAUGCCUACCCACAUUUUCAUGCGGCUCUACAGCCACACGUCCGCCGUCUGGCAAGUGAUAUCUACUCUCUCGACAAUGAUCCGCUGCGAAAUGUGCAGGCACUAUUGUUGCUUUGCUGGUGGCCAUUUACUUUUGCUGCCACUAAAGAUGAUCCCUCGUGGGCAUAUUGUGCGCUAGCCGUGCACAUUGCACUCAAGCAUGGUUUCCACAGACCUGGACGCCAUUCAGACUAUGUCUAUAAUAGCAUGCUGGAUGCUCAUCAGAUGCAAAUGUACGAUCGCACUUGGGCUGGAUGUGGUAUCAUAGAUCAGUCUGACUAUAGCAGAUUGAGCUCCCACCUAGGCAUCCCUGCUACCGUCCGACUCAGGGCUGUCGCAUCGAAAAUACUGCCCUCAGUCAUAGGUCAACUGCAUCGAGUUGCUUGCCAUGCUUACCAGAUAUGUCAAUCUAUUGGAGAUUGUGAUGAAGGCUCCACUGGGCUUCUACCCAAUGCCAUGAGCAUAAUUCCGACUCUCGAAUCACACCUGAAUGUGCUGGACGGUGAUUUAUGUGAUAUUUCCGAGCCAAUUGUUGAUAUAGCUCUCCUUCGAACAAAACUGCAACUGUAUUCGUUUGUAUUCAUCGCAGAUGGAGUCACAUCAGUAGCAAGUGUCGAGAUUUCUGUCAUCUUGGCAAAAGCAAGCACAGUCGCGGUUGGUCUUAUUCACAUCGCGACUACACGCAUACUCCACAGACCUUGGCCAGCAAUGGUGAAGAUGUCUGUCUUCUUUGCUGCCAACUUUCUGCUUUUUCUAUCGACAUUGCCAGGCCAGGAUAACCAAUUAGUCGUACGCAACGCCAUUAACGAGUCAUGGCGCACCCUCCAAUCGCAGUCGGAGUUCGAAAACGACUCGUGUUCAAGAUGGUCACAAAUUAUUCUGUACCUGAGCCAGAUUUACUCUGAGAAACCUUCUUCCCAUCAGCCAGUACCAAGUGUCAAAUCUCGCAUGUCAUCCAAUAUUACAUGGGAAAAUGUCUGGAGGGCACGAACGCGGUUCAGCGAACAGCUUCGUGGUUCGAAACCCUCGGAUUACACUCUUGCGGCCGCUCUUGAAAAUGCGGCAAGCCUGGAUGUCGUAGAUCUUACAUUUGACCCUCAAUUCCUUCAUGGGUUUGAUGCCGAAGAGGCUUCGAAUUGGUUUGCUGAGAUAUGA